AUGGCUACAUCUUCUGGGGGUGCUUAUGGAGUGACUGUGGAUGAACUCCGCACUCUUAUGGAGUAUCGUAGCGCUGAAGCUAAAGAAAAGAUACAGUCUGAUUACGGUUCAAUUGAAGGCCUUUGUGAUAAAUUAAAAACAAAUCCACAUACCGGUUUGUCAGCAGAUGAAAAUGAAUUGGAGAGGCGUCGAAAUUUUUUUGGAAAAAAUGAAAUUCCACCUCAUCCACCAAAGUCUUUCUUUACACUUGUUUGGGAAGCUCUACAGGAUGUAACUUUAAUUAUUCUCCUUGUGAGUGCCAUUGUUUCAUUGGCUUUAUCAUUCUAUAGACCACCAGACGAGGGUGAAACUCCUUCUGAUUCAUCUGAGCAUGAUGCGGGUUGGAUUGAGGGAGUUGCAAUUUUAAUAUCUGUUGUAGUAGUAGUUCUUGUUACUGCUUUAAAUGAUUUCACUAAAGAAAGACAAUUUCGUGGCCUUCAAGCUAAAAUUGAAACUGAACACAAAUUUUCUGUCAUUCGUGGUGGACAGGCAAUACAGAUUGUUGUUAGUGAUUUAGUUGUUGGUGAUAUAGCACAAGUAAAAUAUGGUGACUUAUUACCAGCUGAUGGUAUUUUAAUUCAAUCUAAUGAUCUUAAAAUUGAUGAAUCUUCUCUUACUGGAGAGUCUGAUCAAAUUAAGAAAUCUGUUGAAGUUGAUCCAAUGCUUUUAUCUGGAACUCAUGUAAUGGAAGGUAGUGGAAAAAUGCUCGUUACAGCUGUUGGAGUAAAUUCACAAACUGGUAUUAUUAUGACAUUAUUAGGAGCAGCAAAAGAUGUUGUUGAAGAAGAAAGAAAAGCAGCUAAAAGAGAAGAACGUCGAUCAAGGCGUAAAAGCAAAGCAUCGGUGCGUGUACGUAGAUCAGUUGCCUACACAACCGAUUCUUUGGAUGAAUCUGGUAGAAUCGGUGACUUUGUUCAUUCAGCUGUUGAAGAUGGAACACAUCAAGCACUUCUAACUGAAAAUCAAAUAAAAGAUGUCGCAAAUGGACCAUCAAAAGAUCCUCCUAUUUCCUUUAAAACUGAAGAAGAAGGAAAAAAGGAACGUUCCGUUUUGCAAGCAAAACUUACACGUCUUGCCAUUCAAAUUGGAUAUGCUGGAUCAUUUGUUGCUGGAUGUACAGUUCUUAUUCUUGUAAUAAGAUUUUGUAUUUCACGUUAUGCAAUUGAUGAGAAACCAUUUAGUGUUGCUGAUUUCCAACAUUUUAUUAAUUUCUUAAUUAUUGGAGUAACUGUAUUAGUUGUUGCUGUACCAGAAGGAUUACCAUUAGCUGUAACACUUUCAUUAGCAUAUUCUGUUAAAAAAAUGAUGUUAGAUAAUAAUCUUGUAAGACAUCUUGAUGCUUGUGAAACAAUGGGUAAUGCAACUAGUAUCUGUUCAGAUAAAACAGGAACAUUAACAACAAAUAGAAUGACAGUUGUUCAAAGUUAUAUAAAUGAAGUUCAUUAUAAAGAAACACCUAAAUGGGAACGAUUAGAUUCUAAUACAAGAGAUAUAAUGUGUGAAAAUAUAUCAAUAAAUUCAGCUUACUCAACACAAGUAGUACCACCAAAAAAAAUGGGAGAUCAACCACAACAACUUGGAAAUAAGACAGAAUGUGGUAUGCUUGGAUUUGUUUUAGCACUUGGUCAAUCAUAUCAAUCUAUUCGUGAUAAAAAUCCUGAAAAAAGUCUUUUUAAAGUUUAUACUUUCAAUUCUGUUCGUAAAUCAAUGUCAACAGUUAUUCAUACUGAUAAUGGAUUUAGAGUAUUCAGUAAAGGAGCUUCUGAAAUAAUUCUUAAAAAAUGUAAAUGGUUCCUUGGAAAAGAUGGAAAAUUAAUUAAAUUUAGUCAAAAAGAUGCUGAUAGACUUGUAAAAGAAGUUAUUGAACCUAUGGCUUCUGAUGGUUUACGUACAAUUUGUUUAGCAUAUAAAGAUUAUGUUAACACAAAUCCAAAUGAAAAUCAAUUCCAAUUAUCUAAUAAUAUGGAUUGGGAAGAUGAAGAAAGUGUUGUUGGUGAUUUAACUGCUAUAGCAAUUCUUGGUAUUCAAGAUCCUGUAAGACCUGAAGUACCAGAAGCUAUAGCUAAAUGUCAAAGAUCUGGAAUAACAGUUCGUAUGGUUACUGGAGAUAACAUUAAUACAGCUCGUGCUAUUGCAACACAAUGUGGAAUUCUUAGACCAGGUGAAGAUUUUCUUGCUCUUGAAGGUAAAGAAUUUAAUGCACGUAUUCGUGAUGAGAAUAAUGAAGUUUCACAAGCUAAAUUAGAUGCUAUUUGGCCAAAACUUCGUGUUUUAGCACGUGCUCAACCAACAGAUAAAUAUAUUCUUGUUAAAGGAAUCAUUGAUUCUCGUGCAACUGAAAGUAGAGAAGUUGUAGCUGUUACAGGUGAUGGUACAAAUGAUGGACCUGCACUUAAAAAAGCAGAUGUUGGUUUUGCUAUGGGCAUUGCUGGUACAGAUGUAGCUAAGGAAGCUUCUGAUAUUAUAUUAACAGAUGAUAAUUUUACAUCAAUUGUCAAAGCUGUUAUGUGGGGAAGAAAUGUUUAUGAUUCAAUUGCUAAAUUUUUACAAUUUCAACUUACAGUAAAUGUUGUUGCUGUAGUUGUUGCAUUUGUUGGUGCAUGUGCUAUUCAAGAUACUCCAUUAAAAGCUGUACAAAUGUUGUGGGUUAACUUAAUUAUGGAUACUCUUGCAUCAUUAGCUCUUGCUACAGAAUUACCAAAUGAAGAAUUAUUAAAAAGAAAACCAUAUGGUAGAACUUCACCACUUAUUUCAAGAACAAUGUCAAAAAAUAUUCUUGGACAUGCAUUUUAUCAACUUAUAAUAUUGUUUGUUCUUAUAUUUUAUGGUGAAUUAUUUUUUGGUAUUGAAUCAGGAAGAUGGGCACCACUUCAUUCACCACCAUCAGAACAUUUUACAAUUGUAUUUAAUACAUUUGUUAUGAUGACUUUAUUUAAUGAAAUUAAUGCUCGUAAAAUUCAUGGUGAAAGAAAUAUAUUUCAAGGUUUAUUUUCAAAUCCAAUUUAUUAUAUAAUUUGGAUUGCUACAUUUAUUUCACAAAUAUUUAUUGUUCAAUUUGGUGGUAGAUGGUUCUCCACAGCACCAUUAAAUCUUGAACAAUGGUUAUGGUGUUUAGCAUUUGGUGUUGGUGAUUUAUUAUGGGGACAAGUUGUUACAUCAAUUCCAACAAAAGCUCUUUCAGAGAAUUUAACAAUUGGUAGUGGUGAAGUUGAAUCAACAGAACAUAUCCUCUCUGGAGAAUAUGAAGAUCCAGAAACUCACGAAAAGAGAAGUGGUCAAAUUCUUUGGAUAAGAGGUUUAACUAGACUCCAAACACAGCUGAGAGUUGUCAAAGUCUUUCGAUCUACACUUGAUGAAUUGGAGGAUAGGCAUUCAAUAGCUAGUACCCAAUCAUUUCAAUCUAUGCGAGGAAUGUUAUCAAACUAUCGCCUGGCAGGAACAGGAGGAAAUGAUAUAAAUAAUACAAGAGUAUUAAAUGUAGCUAGUUUUUUACAGCGAACAUCAGGUCCAAGUCCUUAUCCUGCUUAUUAUCAUUCACAAUCUCCUAAUAUGAGUAGAAAUAAUAAGAUAGGUGGUGGGACAGAUAAUUAUAGACAACCUCCAUCUCCAACAAGUAUUAAAAAUAUACAGGUUUCAUCUGCUGCCAUUGCUGUUGAGAAUGGGGGAAAGCUUCAUGAUAAAAUUGAAAAAGUGCCAUUGGUUCAGCGUUGGAGUCCCGGACGUGGCGCUGCAUCGUCUCAUGCAGUCACUUUGCAGGUCACAAAAAGCAUGUCUUUGGAUACGCCGGUUUCUAUUGCUCACGUUAUUGGCGGUGAACGAUCAGAACAUUUAAUCCCAGUGCCUCAUAGCACGGCUCCAACAGAUCAAGCUAUUCGUGUUGUAAAAGCAUUCCAAGCUGGACUAGAUAGACGUGAACCUUCAAUAGCAGGACCAAGUGCUGCAAGGCUUCGUGAAAUAAGUCGUCAAUUAAAAUUACAAGUGGAACAAGAAGGUCGAGGAUUUAAUCGUUCCCGUUCAGCAUCAAAGCAAGCUGAUUCAAUAACAUCACCAUAA